AUGUCGCAAAGUCAAGCCUCUCAAUUCUCAGACACCUACCCUUCAUCUAUCUUUGAGGAUAAUUCUCUAGAUAACCUUUCAUAUCUUCCUUCCGACGGUACAACGUCUUUUACCCCUGACUCCCUAUUUCAGCAGACACCUAACCCUACACCCGACGGCGGAUUCGCUCGACCAUUAAUAUCACCCCCUAUUCCACAGACCCUAGAACGUGUUGGGCCUACCGCAAAGCAGAAGCCCUUUAUACUCUGGACUGAGGAGAUGAAUGAUGAAUUUUGUGGGUGGUGGUUGAUGACGGAGUUUGGAAGUCAGAUGAAAAGGAAUGUUUUUGAGAAACGACGCCAAGCGGACUGUUGGAACCACUUCCAUCAGGUUGCUACUAUCCAAGAUGGGUCUCCUAAGGUCAUGUGUAAAGUAUGCGGCCAGGUUAUUAUCCACCCAGCGGUCGGAAAUCGCGGAACGUCCUCCCUGAAUAAACAUGUCAGAGAGGGUGUCAACUGCCGGAGAUCGAAACCCUCACAGGAUAUUCGAAAGCUUCUUCAAUCAGGGGGAUCCCAUAGCCGUCAACCGGAGAGCUUUACACUCAAGGAAUUCGAUGAGAGUGUGAUUUCUCUAAUCACUGAGUUACGACUCCCAUUUCAGUUUGUUGAACAUCCUCGGUUUCAUAAACUAGUUCAACUGGCUAGUCUCGCUCCAUCUCCGCCUCGGAUUUUAUCUGCAUAUCUAGUACGGCAGAAGGUUCAGGCGAAAGUGAUAGAACGCCAAAAGAGCCUUCUACAGAUGCUUCCAUCAGGUGCAAAGCUUUCUAUUGCAUUAGACUGCUGGACCUCGCCCUUCCGCCAGGCCUUUAUGGCUAUUACUGGGUAUUUUAUUGAUAUAGACUGGCACUACCGUGAGAUCUUGCUUGGAUUUGAGCCACUUCAUGGCAGCCAUAAAGGUUCCGACCUUAGUGUUGUUCUCUUGGAUCUUCUUAGAAAACAUCAGAUCGAAGAUCGGGUUUUGACAAUGACCACUGAUAACGCAUCAAAUAACACUACGCUCCACGACAGUAUCAAUGAAGCUCUUGAUACACUCGCGUUACCAGAUGGCACCCCUAUUGUUCGAAUACCCUGUAUGGCCCAUGUUAUCCAACUCAGUUUAAACGAGCUUCUUGGCAAGAUGGAAGCAAUCCCAAAGAAUGACCGAGAGGAAAUAGAAUGGACGGAAACUGAGGCCCGGAGUGAAGCCCAGAGGGAGAAUAAAGAUAUCGUGCUUACUCUUAAUAAGGUUCGGCGACUAGCAGUCUGGGUUAAUAGAAGCCCUCAGCGCAGAGAGCAAUUCCUCGAGCUCCAGCCCAAAGAACCAAGGCUUGUUCUGAUGCAGGACGUCAAAACCCGCUGGAAUUCCACAUUUUUGAUGCUUCAGCGUGCCAAAAAACUACAGACUAUCUGCGACAAGUAUUGCACUGAGUGUGGUCUCUCUGACCUUGUGCUUACUCACAACGAAUGGAAGCAGAUUGACUAUCUUCUUUCUAUCACACAGCCCUUCUUCAACUUCACUAGUGUUCUCUCAAAGACUAAGGAUGUCACUAUCCACAUAGUCUUUAGUAUCUACAAUCAACUAUUUGACCAUCUCGAGAAGUCUACAACCCAGCUUAGACGAAAGAAAGCAAGGUGGCAGAUGACAAUGCAAACUGCUCUCGAGUAUGCAACACAGAAACUAAGACACUAUUAUGCUGAGACCGAUCAGGCCUAUGGUGAUCUCUAUGCAAUCGCUACUAUUAUGGCACCCCAGAACAAGCUUGAUUUCUUCUCUGGGAAGGACUGGAGGGGCCCUUAUCGCAAAGAAUACCGUGAGAGUCUUGAGAAAUACCUUGAGCCAUAUAAGCAACGUCACUUAGAAACACAACCAACAUCACAUGGGGUGUCUUCUGCGGAGCAGUUCUCCAUAGUUGAUCAGAUGGGUGACAGACAGAAAGUCCAGGGAUCUGAGAUUAACCAAGAUGAUGAGCUUACACAAUAUCUUGGAAGUGGUACUCGCAAGAUUAAUCCAUGUGUUUUUUGGAAGAGUAAUCAAUGUGAGUUCCCAGCCCUUGCUAGCCUUGCACGGGAUGUCCUUUCUGUUCCUGCGACUGGUUCCGGUGUUGAACGACUAUUUAACACGGCUCGUGAUAUCUGUCAUUAUCGCCGAGGGUCUCUCAAAUCGACAACUAUCCAAGAUCUUAUGAUGUACUUAUGUACAUUGAGGUUCGACAUCGAAAGUGAGCAGCAUACUUUCAUAGAGGAGUAUCUUACAGCACAGGAGAUGCAAGUAGUGAAGGAGAAAAAGAAGACUGAGAGACUGGAUGAUGAUAUGUUUGAUCUAAUCAGUGAUACUGAAGAAGAUCCCUCAGCUAAGACGCAACCAUCGCAGCCCCCGAGUAGGGUUGCGCUUGGCAAGAGACCUCUCAGAGAUAAUACAACUCUGAUUGAGCUUGGAGACGAGGACGAGGAGGAUCAAAUCCCGCUACCUGAUAAUUCAAAUCUGCAGGAUGAAGGUGGUACUCAGAGGCGCACAUCAGGGCGAGUGACAAAGCGUUCAAAGUGGGAUGAUGGUGAAUGGGAGUAUAUAAAACCUUAG